UUGUACAAAACAAAACAAAACGUAAACCAAACAAAAUAUCAAGUUUUACGAAAAGUGAAAAUAUACUCUUUUGAUAAGAUUUUCAUCUACAUUAUACAAAUUUGAAGUUUGUAAGAUAAUAAUGCCAUUAACAGCGGAGAGCGCUGCAUUACAAAUACAAGAUCGCCUUAAAUCACUUCAGAGGAUUAUACACGAAAUUGAAGAUGAAAGGAGGCGCUGCGAAACGAAUUUAAAUGGAAUAAUUAGGGCUCAGAUGUCCAAUUUGCCACCACAAAAAUUGAAGAGCCUUUAUAAAACUGGUCUCCAAGAUGCUGCUCAAGAGGAAUUAGUCAUAAGACAAGCUCUAGCUAAAAUUCAAGAGAUAAGAAAUAUUAGAAACGAACGGCGUAUUCAAGCUAGAAAUGCUGGAAACAAGGAAGCAAUUCGCCGUGGUGCCCAGCUGAAGAUGCUACAGGUAUCAGCUCAGACCUUACCUCUCUUCGUGAGCAAACCUGGUGAAAAGGUUCCACCAUUAUGUGGAGCUGUACCCGCAGAGAGUAAUUAUAUUGCCAGAGCUGGAGAUAUUGUUGCUGCAGUGGUAAAAGGUUUGGAAGACGAAGAAUGGAUCCUUGCUGAGGUGGUACAAUUUCUUAGUGGGCAAAAUAAAUACGAGGUGGACGACAUCGAUGACGAACAAAAAGAUCGCCAUGUAUUAAGCAAACGCAAAAUAAUUCCUUUGCCCCUGAUGAGAGCCAAUCCGGAAACUGAUGGCCACGCACUUUUUCCAAAGGAUACGAUGGUAAUGGCGCUGUACCCUCAAACAACUUGCUUCUACAAAGCAAUAGUAAGCCGACUACCCCAAACAUCAACAGAAGAGUAUGAACUUCUUUUUGAAGAUAGCAAUUACCCAUCGGGGUAUUCACCACCACUUCCAGUAGCCCAACGUUACGUUAUUGCAUACAAGCCGACCAAGAAAAACGCUGGAGGCCUUUCUUCUGCAUGACAUCAAAUCGUUUCGGAUAACUCGUGCGAAAACUUGUAGCCCCAAAAUGAAAAACAGUUUAAUCUAUCGAAUUGUAUAUUAAUAACCAUAAUAUAAAAAAUAAAUCUUAUUUUAAA